GUAUUGGUAGGGGUGGGGGUAGGAGGGAACAGCUGUGUUGUCAUUUUUGCACAAGAACAACAAUCGCACACGCUCACCCGCCUUGUCUGGGCUGUUUUCCUUUGUGUAGUGUUUUCAGUUUUUCCGUUUUCCGCGAGCUUUAUUCUCGUGGGACACAAAUCGAUCAAGCAACAUAUCGCUCCACCGUGCUAGCGCAGUAGUGUUGUGUGCCGGGUUUGUGCAGUCUUGUUUUUUUUCUAGAUUUUCUACACACCACAACAAUCAUGUCGGUGGAAAAGUUCGAUCUGCAAAAGGUGCACGCCAAGUUUACGGAAAGUUUGGUCGAGGAGGAUGAUGUGUACGUGGACCAGUACCUGGAAGCGUUCAAGGAGCUGUACAAAUUUUUCCAGCUGAUGGGGACGGUGUUCGGGUUCGUGAGCAGCGACGUGAAGGAAAAGGUGGAAAUCCUGGAGAAGCUGCGCGGCAAGGAAAAUGCGGACAGCUUCCUCACCAUCCGCACGAUGAUGCAGUACGAGCAGGAGUCGAAUUUGCUCAACAAGAAAGACUACGUCUCGGGCAGCCGGACACUGCUACGGCUUCACCGUGGGCUGGGUGAGUGUGGGCACCGUGGGCUGCAAAAAAUGCAUCUGUGUGCACGCUUAUCUUAUCUUAUACUGCCGUGCCACCGUGUCCGGUUUUCAAGCAACCGUUUGUUUUUGUUUUAUCACCCGCAACGUGGCUACUAUUUGAAAUGUAAUUGCCCCAUUAAUGGAAUAUCGAUGCGUAUCCGUCAAAUUGCAGAUUUUAUACAAGAGUUUCUGAAGCGGCUCGGUGAGCUGGAGGGCGACGGCAAGACGAACGGCGUCUGCCAGGCCGCGUACAACGAUACGCUUGCUCAAUUUCACCCCUGGCUCAUCCGGAAGGGUGCCACCGUAGCGAUGUACGCGCUGCCGACGAGGGACCAGCUGCUCGAGCGGGUGUGCAUGGAUGUGGCCGGUGCGAUGAAGCUGCUGCCGGAAAUGCUGUCCGUCACGCGCAACGUGUACGAUCGUACGCAGAACCUUUACACGCGGUACGAUCUGCACGGAUUGCCUUGAGAUCUGCGCGCUGGGAGGGGGCAACAAAAACGCCGAAACAAAGAACCGUCGAUCCGGCCGGCUGCUACCCAAUUACGCUUACAAAGGGUGUAUUAUCUGGUUAAUGCUUUUAAGUUUUGUUUAAAUCAUGUUUUAAUUUGUUGUCUAUGUCGUGAAGCGAGAAAGAGAGGGUAUUAGGAGCAUGUGUGUGUGUAUAGGACUGAUCCAAAUAGCUAAUUGAUUGUAGUGUCAGUUUGAGUUUUAGCUGUGUUUUAGUUUCGGUUGAAAGGCAGUGGCGCAAAACAGUGAUAUUAAGUUGAAGCUGGCUUCGCGUGCGUGCAAUUGGUUUGAGUGUGUUUGCGCUUAGAUCUGGCCAACGAUCGAUUCCCCCGCCCGUAAAGGUGCUUACCGUGUGUUAUAGCUGGCUGUAGAAGCUCAAUCUCCUACUUGCGUAAAGUGAUGCUACGACUUGCUCAAUUUUCUAAAACGGAAGAUGCAACAAGUUAUAUCGUGCUGUAUAAUCAAUCAACCCCCCCCGUGUAGAACGCCCACAUCACAUUCCACUCGUAUUAACUACCACCCCACAUCGUCCCACCCUGUAGUAGGAUUGAGGCUCAUGUAUUUUGAAAGACAAACAGGAAGGAUGGACAGGAUGAUUAUUUGGCUUGCUCGUGAAUAAAUGUAUUGUAAACACAGCACA